AUGCAAGCAGCAACAUCAUAUGCUAGUGGAAAAUCUUUUAAAUGGCGUCCAUGGUUAGGUAAUAAUCCAAGUUCGAAAGAUGAUCGAAUCAAAUUAUUUCACAAUUCGAAAUUAUAUGCAUCAGUAGAUGGCUAUGAAUAUGCAACUGCUCUUGAAUUAAUCGCUAUGACUAGUCAAACUUUAAAAAAGACGUCAAUGAAUAUUGAUUUACAAACAAUUCUUAAGAGAGGAUUCGUGAGUGGAUUGAGCAUGCCGCCUUAA